UCUUUUUAGUUUCCAGCGUCUGCCUCUGACUUGAAGUAACGCUACAUUUUAACCAGCGACUCCUCCGGCUUCUCGGUCCCUCUCUCUCCCGAAACUCACCGAGAAAUACUUCAACUCUUGAGGAUAUUAUCACCGCACUUCGGGCUUAUUUUGUCUCCCCUCUGAGCCCAGCCGUGUUUCCUGCGCAGCCCGGAUACGUCUUUGCUAUGGAUGGACCUCUGAGAGGGACCACUGAGUGCAGCUGCACAUCUUAAAUAGCAUCAGGACCAUGUGGCAAAAUUAGCUGACAGGCGUCCAAGAUCUCUUCUGACGCUGUUUGUGCAGAGCCAUCAAGACUACAGGAUGACUGUGGAAUGUAACUUCGUAGUCAAAACACAUCUUAUCAGAAGAAUUAGACCGCUGAUCAUCAAAGGCUUCCCAAAACAAAGACUUGGAUUGUAAUUUUUUUUUUUGUAUUUUUUCUUUUUUUGUAUUGACUUUUUAUUACUUUUUUUUUUGGGUGGAAAAAAAACUUUCUAACUAGCAGAAGAAGUCAAAGGAUCUUCUACAUGAGUUGCAGACAUGGAUUAGAAGCCCAUGUGUAACAGGGCAGCUGCUGCAGCUCGUGGAAUAACUUAACCCCAGACUGUUGGGGAGUCACUCCUUCAGGGGCCGAGGGAUCUGAUCCCAACACCAACCUGCCCUGCUGUCGUCUGACUAUCCCACCUGUCUAAAGGCAGACCCCUCUAUCCAAUGGCAUGGGUCAAGUUCUUCAGGAAGCCGGGGGGCAAUCUGGGGAAAUCGUACCAGCCGGGGAGCAUGCUGUCUCUGGCCCCCACCAAAGGUCUGCUGAACGAGCCGGGCCAGAACAGCUGCUUCCUCAACAGCGCUGUGCAGGUACUAUGGCAGCUGGAUAUCUUCAGACGCAGCUUGAGGCAGCUACCUGGACACUUCUGUCUGGGAGAGUCCUGCAUCUUUUGUGCAUUAAAGGGCAUUUUCUCCCAGUUCCAGCACAGUCGGGAGCGCGCCCUGCCCUCUGACAACCUGCGUCACGCCUUGGCAGAGACCUUUAAGGACGAGCAGCGCUUCCAGCUGGGCUUCAUGGACGAUGCCGCAGAGUGCUUUGAGAACAUUCUGGAGAGGAUCCACCUGCACAUUGUGCCUGAGGAGACAGAUGCCUGCACUUCCAGGUCUUGCAUCACUCAUCAGAAGUUUGCUAUGUCAAUUUAUGAGCAGUCUGUGUGCCGUAGCUGUGGGGCAUCCUCCGACCCACUGCCGUUUACAGAGCUGGUGCAUUAUGUCUCCACCACCGCACUCUGUCAACAGUCGCUUCAGCGCAGAGAUGAGUCAUUUGGGGACCUGUUACAAGCCGCCAGUACAAUAGGGGACCUUCGGAACUGUCCAAGCAACUGUGGCCAGAGGAUUAGGAUCAGACGGGUCCUCAUGAACUCCCCAGAGAUAGUUACCAUAGGCUUCGUCUGGGACUCUGACCAGUCAGACCUCACAGAAGACGUUAUCCGCUCGCUGGGGCCUCAUCUCAGUCUCUCUGCACUCUUCUACAGGGUGACAGAUGAGCAUGCCAAAAAGGGAGAGCUGCUGCUCGUGGGAAUGAUCUGCUACUCCAGCCGUCACUACUGUGCCUUUGCCUUUCACACCAAGUCCGCCAAAUGGGUCUUCUUUGAUGAUGCCACAGUAAAAGAGAUUGGCUCCAGGUGGAAGGAUGUGGUCAGCAAAUGUAUCAAAGGUCACUUCCAGCCUCUCCUCCUCUUUUACGCCAACCCAGAUGGGAGUGCUAUCACCGCAGAUGAUGCCUCAAGACAAAACAGCAGCCAGUCUCACUACAAAACUCCUGUCAAUGGAGAAAUGCAAGGCUUAGAGUCCCCAAUUGUAGCCCACAAGAAGCUGGACCUCACUAGGGAGAAUCUGAACGCAAUGUUGGGCCAAGGCUCUUUCAAACAGAAGACCCCUUCAACCCUCAGCAGGAGCAGCAUUCAGGCCAGUGGAGGACGGGAACCAGUGAAAAUUGGCACCAGCGAGCCCAAGAGUCGCCUCAGGGAUAUUUCUCGAGAAGUUGCCCAGAGAGCAGGAGAGGUGCGUGGGAUGCAUCUAUCCAGAAGAGAGCCUGAGAGGAGCGGUCAUCGGAGGCCUGAGUCAGGCUACAGAGAUCCAGGUCAGGACAGGACCUACUCCCGCUCCGUCUCCCCUCCGGAGAAUGGCUUCAAACAACACCUGGAAACUCGUCUGUACAGCAGCCAAGGAAAAGGUCCCACACGGACUGAGCGAAUACCCCACCUUGGUGGACGGUCCUCUCAUGAGCCCCCUCGCUCUCACUCCAGGGUCCAAGUGUUGCCCAGUGUGCCCAUUAUCAAUAGUGGUCAUCACAUCCGGAGAGUAGACCAAGGCUCCAACGGAUAUGAUACCGACAGCAGCCAAGACUCCAGGGGACGUCCUGGAAGCGGAGGGAACAGCCGCAGCAGGCCCAGCCGCCCCUGGAAGCCCAUGCGCGAGGCGUUAAAUGUGGACAGUGUGUUAAGUGGCGUCAGUGGUGGUAAUUUGGUCAGUCAAGAGCGAAGGCAGCACAGCCCACGGAGAAGACCCAGUAGUCAGUCGCCCCGUGACCGAGAGCGAGACAGAGAUCUCACGUGGGGAGGCAGAGAAGAACGCAAACCUAAGAGCCUUAUGACCAUCUACGAGGACGAGCAGAGGCAUGAAACAGGUGGCAGCCGAAGCUCGCUGGACUCAGAUGGCCGGGGCGGCUACAGUGACAAGGACAGGUCAAAGGGCUCAGCAACUCUUAAAGUGCGGAAUGACAACUGGAAGAUCCAGCGGACUGAAUCUGGAUAUGAAAGUAGUGACAGACUAAGCAAUGGCUCCGCAAAUCUCGACUCGCCUGUGGUAGACAACCUUUCUUCCAAAGACCUGCGGACCAUACCUGAGCUGCAUCUCACAAGGGAUCACUUCCCUCAGAGAAGAAGUGACGAUUUGAAGGCUGACAUAUUGCACUCCACAUACUCCACUGGUGAACAAGGAAGACAAUCUCCAGAUCUACGAGACGAAGACAUCCUUUCUGGUCAGCCAAUACAAAGAAGAAGAGCAUUCCGAUACACUCCUGGGAGUUUUGAAAAGAACAACGGUCUGGACAGCGAACAAGAGGAAAAUGUGGACGGCAGCCCUGUGAGCCCCGUGCCUCGUUACUUAGCCAAGACCAGCAGUUCUGAGUGGAACAGCUCGGAUGACCUUGCUGGACCUUUCUCCGAACAAGAAGAGACUGGCACAGCCGCCCACAUAGACCCUUUCUCGCACAACUAUCCCCCACGUUUACCCCCCAAGGCCUUCGGCAGCAGUCACGCUGACCCAUCUGCCGUCCACUCCCAACCGCCGGAAGUGCCAACACGUACGAGCCCCCGCUAUGAGCCCAAAAACGGAUUGUCCCCUCUCUCGCACACCGCCCUCCGCCGGUGGAUCGAAACACCUGCCGAGCACAGGCUUUCAUCAGAUGCCAGCUCCAAGUCGGGGUCAUCGGAUCAGGACAGGAAUGACCUGUCGGCCAGCGAGAGCGACGAGAGGUUACCCAGUCCAAAGCCCGGACAUGGCGACGGCACAGACUCCCCUGGUCUGACGGAUAUGGCUCUACCCACCACCUACUUUUCUGUGGAUAGCUGUAUGACUGACACUUACAGGGCCAAAUACCAUAAGAGACCUGCCUACAUGAAAGCAGAAGACCAUACGUCAUCAGGGGAGAGUGAUGUGGAAGGGAGGCUCGCUUUGCCAGAUGCUCAGCCACCAGAGCUUUCCAAAAGCAGAUCAGAAUUAGGAUAUCCCACCACGAAGACGACUGCAAAGUGGAACCCGAUUACUUCAAAAGGACUUGAUGAGCAUGGUUUCCUAUGAUUUCUAGCAAAAGAGUCAAUCAACCCUUUGUAAUCCAGUGACUGGAUGCCAAAAAGAAUCGCUAUGCACUACGGCUGCUACACAGUUUGACUCCUUCUGACUGGGAUGUAUAUAUAUAUUUUUAUAUAUCAUAACAGAAAGUUGGAAAGGAAACUGGAUGCCAAAGAGAUUGUAAAAAAUAAUGGCAGGUGUCCUUAAUAGCUACCCUUCUGUUUUGGUAUGACCUACUAAACGCUUUGAAUGAAUAGUGAAUUUGCACAGUAAAGAGCACCAGAAAGGUACAGAGACAGAAACAUACCUAAAACAAUUUUGCUUUUUGGGCUGUUGGAGCUCCAAAGCAAAGGAUUUAGGUUUAUAAAGAAUGUGUCACAAAAAGCCACUUUACCACACAAGAGAUAAAAAGUUUUAUUUUUACAUGAAGAGAUCAUCAACUCCUUGCAGUUCUACUUUCUGUCACUUCAUGAAAUGCUUUAAUUUGUUUAUUUAAAUACUCACAUUUUAUUGUUACAAUGUGUCUGCCCCAUCUAUCUCUUUUUGACAUUAUAUACCUAGUUGUUGUUUUUUGGAACGUAAUUCAACCUAUUGGUCACGCUUUUGGCACGUCUUAAAAAUGGAUCCCAGGGAUCCUUGUGACUAUGAAGCUCCAGGACACCCACAUUUCACCCGAUGAAACAUUGUCAGAGGGAACCGUACAACCCCUGUUUCUUGUUGGUACAUGGAGUUUAUUGAUCUCUGCAAAUGAGACUCUUAGUUAUUUCUGUUGUCUCUCCUUUCAUCAAACUUUAACCAGAGGAGAUCUAAUAUCUCUAAACCACCAGGGUGUCCAGGGCCUACAUGGUGAUUGGUACAUAUGGUUACUUGAUUGAUUAUUGGCACAUCCCUAUCUCCUCACACAUCAUAGCCGUGUUUUUGUGUUUGCACUGUAUUUCUGUUCGAUUAUUUGUAUUUACACACUUUACAGUUAAAAUCUUAUUUUUUUUGUAUUUAAAUCAUUAUUCAGUUCCCGGUCCUGUUUCUUAAGAGUAGCUCCUAUUCGCAAAGAACAACAAGUCAGCACUUGUAGGACAUGGACAUCUAGAGAUAGAUGAGUAUUUUUUUUUUUUGAGAGGGGUUAUUGAUAAUAACAUGUUGUAAAUCUGAGUAGUGGACUAUGUUUUGGUUCAAAAUGUUUUCUAUAUGCAGCAGACUCUAAUGCACAGUGCCUUUUGUAUUUUUCUAUGUCAUGACCACAUGAAACUGGAGCCAUGAUUUGUACAAUUCUGUGAUUUGGAAGAAAUUUUGAAACAUUUUCAUUUUAUUUUUAUUGAUUAAUAAUGUUAAAUAAACAAUUGUAUUUAACUAUAAA